AUGAUCAUGAUUUCUCGCACUCGCAUUGCUGCUCUAUCCAUUACUCGCCGCUUCUUCAGCACAGGCCCAGGACCAUCCCCUGCAACGCCUAUCAUAUCUGACCUGGCAUUCGACGAGCUUCAUACAGAGACCACCGAUAGCACAGAUAAACCACGCUUUGCCAGGGGAGAGCGAACCUGGGUCAAGCUCAGUGGGCUGCCCCGAACGAUCUCUCCGGUCGACAUUGCCAGGCAUGUGAAAGCGUUAACAUCAAACACUCCCAAACAAGUUCAUUUGGACUAUAGAAAUUUCAUACCUUCGGGCAGGGCAUGGGUCGGGUUUACCAAUUCGGAUAAAACUGAACAAGCAGUUCAAGUCCUUCGAGGUUCCGUUAUUGCUGGCUAUACAAUUCGAGCUCAGAAGACCGAUGAACAAAACUUGGUCAACGCGGGACUUCCACCCCGCACAAGAGGCCCUAGGGGUAGAGCCCAAGCCCAGGAACGUGGACUUGCGAGUGGCAACGGACCUGACGCCAAGUUAAUCAAACGACAAAAGAACGUCUACAUGUGGGGGCUCCCAGGGAGGAUGCUCGAACCCGAACUUGCUAAAAUUUUUGAACCUUACGGACUCCGGGUUACAGACGAGGAGCCCCGGUCAAUUCAAAAGCUAGAAAGGAAAGCCCCAACUUCACGUUUUGUGGUUCGCCUAAUGACGACCGCUGGGGCACAUAGACUUGUUCGAGACUUUCAUAUGACUGAGAAGUUUGGGGCAGGGUAUUUGGUGCAUGCUCGUGUUGUAUACUGA